AUGUCAAAGCCCCGUAUCGUCGAUCCAAAGGCCAUCAAGGCCUUUGGCUUGACGCAGAUCUAUACCCCGCGCGAUGAUCCAACCAUCGAUAUUGUCUUUGUUCAUGGCCUCAACGGCCAUCCUCAUGAUUCUUGGACCAGUAAAAACACCGGUUGCUUCUGGCCAACGGACCUUCUCCCGGACGUGCUUGCCUCACAGCGUCCUCGAAUUUUAACUUAUGGCUACAAUGCCAAUGUCACUGCCUUCACCGAUGGAGCUUCGCGUGAUUCGGUUGUCAGCCAUGCUGAGACUCUUGCAUCCACUCUUGCGGCUAAUCGAAAUCUGCGAGACUGCUCCGAUCGUCCGAUCAUCUUUAUCUGCCACUCGCUUGGGGGACUGAUUGUGAAGCGGGCUCUGAUAUACUCUCGUAGUCUCUCAAGUGAGAAGACCGAGCAUCUGCGCUCAGUCUAUGUGUCCACUUUUGGCAUCCUCUUCCUUGGUACACCUCACAAUGGGUCUGACAUUGCUAAAUGGGGUCUACUGUUGAACAAUAUCUGCAAUGCUGUGCUCCCGAAGAAGUUCAUGGAGACAUCUCCACAGCUUGUCAAAGCUCUGCGGACCAACAAUGAAACCUUGCAGCACAUCAACAGUCUCUUCGUUGAUAUUAUGGGCAGAUUCCACAUCUACUUCUUCCAUGAAACGCAGUCCACCGAUAUGCAUGGUACCCGCGAAGUGAUCGUAGACGAACACUCAGCCGCGCCAUACAUGGAGGGUGUUGAGCGGGCGGGUAUCGAGGCUGACCACAGCCAUAUGUGCAAGUUUGAUGAUGACAAUGCGGCAGGCUAUGAGGUUGUGGCAGAGGCGAUUCUUCGGUACUCACGUCAGGCUCCUGCUGUGAUUACGGAUCGCUGGGUGGAAGAGAAGAACGCCCGGACCCAGGAAAAGAAGGCCAAAGCUAGGGAAAUCUAUGACGCAAGAAUAGAUGAUCCGGGAAAUCGAAGCAUGCCUGAUCUGCCCAGUACCGGUCAUCCCGUAUUACCUCUGACGCGUGGCCCUGCGACAGAAGGCCGAAAUUCCCCGGUAUCUGAUCUGGGGAACAGUGGGCUUCUCCAACUCUCUUAUCCCUCCAUCAAUUCGUCCCUGUUCGUGGCACCACCAGGCUUUCACCCUAACGCUACUUUUUUUGGGAUGAAGAAAGAACUGGAAGUAUUGCACAACCGGUUGUUCAAAGCCAAGGCGCGCCCGGAAAAGACAAUGGCUGUACUGAUCUCCGGUGUUCCAGGCUCCGGCAAGACCCAUCUAGCGCGGCAGUACGUAUUCACUCAUCGUGACUGCUACCCAGGCGGCAUAUUUUGGAUCGACGCCAAGUCCCGUGAGUCAACAUACAAGUGCUUUUGGGAGAUUGCACAAGCAGCUACGCUGGUUGAACAAAAGGUGGCCGUGAACCAUGAGUAUCAAGAGACUGAAAAGUACGUGAAUGCAGUCCGCCUCUGGCUUCAGACACGCAAAGAUUGGCUCCUCGUCUUCGAUGGUGUUACCUUCGACCGCGACGAUGACAUCAAUAAGUUUAGGGAGGUCUUGCCGUGGAGCAAACAGUGUAGUAUCAUAUACACCUCGGUUGACACAACGCUGCGCAAAAAGCAGCGACUAUACGAGCCCUAUUGUCUGAUGAUCUCGCGGUUGAAAGUGGAAGAUGCUUGCAAUCUUCUCUUCAAGGAUCUUGGGAUUACGCGAGCGACACCUGAGCAAAUCUCCAAGGCUAUCCGGAUAGUUGAGCAUUACGAAUGCCUGCCUUUGGCAAUUCAUGCAAUUGGGCACCGUCUUAAUGCAACGGGUAAGCCGAUUGAAAAGUAUCAUGUCAAGUCUCAAGUGACAGACAAGAAGCUUGCAGAGCCCUUCUUGAGCAUCAUGAACGAUUUGUUUCGGUUGCAGCAAAAGCAGGCGCUGCACUUGAUUAAUCUUCUCUCGUUUCUUGGCCACCAGGUGCCAGUAGGCCUUCUGAACCUCGGUCGAGCCGCUAUGGCCGCCGAGAAUUUGGAGAUCCAGACCAGUGCCCAACCAGGAGAAGAUCCUGAUCUCGAUACCACCCUUGGAAUUCUCAUUCACUAUGGGUUGGUUGAACGGAUUUCAGAUGCCGACCUCUUCCAGCAAAGAUCGUCUAUGAAUCGCUUGGAGGGCGACCAGACGAGCUCAGAUGUGAAGGCUGUGCCGGAGCUCUCAGAUUCCCUGACAGAGAGCAGCCAAGAAGGAUUCUUCUCCAUCUACCGCCAUGAGUCGGUGGUUGAUGUAGUCAAAAUUCACAGUGUGGUGCAGGGGUUCUGUCGCGAUGAGCUCCGAAUCAAGGACGAGGAGAACAAAAGCACCAUGAGCAAGAAUGACCCUGGUUUCUUUGAUACUUGGUUGAUUGUUGUCACUCGGUUUCUCAUCACGUCCUACGAAGCCGCCAUGGAGCGAAUGGCUCAUUAUGAAGACUGCGGCCUUGUCCGGGACUACCGCGAGUACGAAACUCACGCUUCACGGCUGCUUGAGCUCUUCCCGAAGAAGGCAACAAUUGAUCUUCAUCCACUAAUAGUUCGUGAAACACGAGAGAAUUUGCGACAAUUGACGAAGUUCAUAAGCAAGGAAAUAGCAAACAUGUCUCCAAGCUCCUCACAACAGUCUAUCCGAAACCAAAAGUCGGUUUUCGAUAGGUCAAGCAGCUCAUCGUCAUCUUUCCGCGAUUCAUCAGCCGACGAAGGUGGUCCAUCGCGCCGCUCUACUUUUAACUGGAGUGAUCUUGGCUCACCGCGAGCGGAAUCUCCUGAGGAGAUAUCUAUGCCACCUCCCCGGUUCAGAUUAGAGCUUUUCCCACCACAUAUAUUCAGGCAGAAUGGGUACGAAUCCGAAGAAGGCUAUGAGACCGACGGGGAAGCUAUGGAAGCAAUUCGAAUCUCUCCAUCCUUGUCGCAAAUGAGCGAAGCCACGGAGAAACCGGCCAAGACACCUCCCUCAUCGAGUCCUCCACCCCCCACUGGCCUGUCAGAGUGGCAUGUGGUCAAUCGACACCCAAAGCCAUGGUCAAAUAAAGAGAAUAAAACGAUCAGGCGGAACAAAAGCUCUCGUCGCUUUAGGGAUGCCAAGAUUGACACCCCAGUAGUUAGUCUGUCCUCUAUCCAAGGAAAGGGAUCAUCAAGCCGCACAGCCUCCGCCGAAACGGGAAGGUCUUCAAUACCGACUUCGGAAGCUGAACAAGCACUCGCUGCAGUGCGUCGGUCUAGCAAUCCUCAAGCAUCUGUUGAUGCUCCACAACUCACCGCCACCUCUCCACCAGCAAAUAAAGAGAAUAUGCCAACAUAUGCGAAUAUGGCGACCCGGCGAAUGUUAGAGGUAGACCCUACGGUGAAUCGUCGCCCAUCAUCCGUUCCCGUUUUGCAGGCUUUGGAUCCAGCUAGCGGUUUGCAUUCGAAUGGCGAUUUGCAGAUGAAACCGUCCAUUGAGUCACUCGACAGUCAAGCGGGCCACACAUUUACGUCUCCACUAGCCCAUGAUGUGUCUGGCGAUUUGCUUACCGAGCCUCUGGUUCGAUCAACUUACAGUGAGCCUGAGUUCAAUAUGCCAAAUUACCAUCAGAGAGCAAAUUUACAUACCGCGCCUGGAUCCAGGGUUCCCUCUCGGCGUGCUUCCGUGGCACAUCUGGAGGUCCCACGAGGUCUAUCUGCAAGCGUGCCAUCCCUCCUUCCCUACCCACCACUGCUCCCAUACGACGAGAACGUCUCCGUCGCUUUUCCAAGCCGCAGAAGAUCAUCCCAACUAGCAUCAACCCCAAUAACUGCCUCAGAUGACACAAGAACUUUUACCGUCGCUCACCCAUCCGCAAUAAUGCCCGGCGCAUUACCAUUGUCUCAUCCAAACAUACACAUGGGCUCACCCCCAGAGCGCUCCACCCCCGAGCCGAUGUCGCGUGACUCUUCCGAGUACUCUCAUCAAUCGUGGGCCACAGAACCCGUUCGCUAUCCUCCGCGGUUCUCACCGAUUCCAAGUUACCAACAAGCCGCGGAGAUGAUCCCAAGUCCACCAUCGAGCAUGCAGCAUCAACAAAUGCUCGCGGCUGGUAGCUGGACAGCUGAAUUGCCCCUGUUGGGCAAUUCUUUCCAGUCAGAUCCCAACUACCCCAGUCCGCCCUUGUCAUCACACGGACAGCUCGGCUCCAUGGACGAGAGACUGAAGUACUCCGACCAGGGCUGGAACCUGGAGGUUGAGCCAGUGCAAUAUUUGCAUUUUGGCGGACACCGCGUUGACGUGCGAGAUGCACGACAUCGACUCCAUAGAUCGACUCGUCUGCUGCCCCCACACCCACAGCAGUACCAACUAUAUCAUCCCAAUUUGUCGGGUCCUUUAAUUCAACAUGAUGGUCAGGUCUAUGUACCUGCGCCCCGACUCGGCGUAUAUGGGAAUGGGACCCGUACGCGCAGUGGGAGUUCCCCUGCGCGCCCUAAUUAUAAUGGUAUGCCGUUCUGA